AUGCGCAUUUACGUCACCGGCCUCGCGGCUACAGCAGCCUUCCUGGCGUACUCCAAGAGUUCUUCGGAGGUGUCCGCUUUUUCUACGACAGUCGCUGCCCACUCACCGUCGGCGACUGUCACUGACACCGACGACACCGUCGCCAAAAGGAGGUUGCGAACUUUUGGAGUCAUGGACGGUGAAGAGAGGGUAAACUUGGCUGGGCAGAUCAUGGAAGUCGGUGCAAAAAGCUCCAACGCGUUCGGUAAGGAUGGGACGAUAAAGCUGUUUGGGCAGGUCAUAGAAGCCAAUGCCAAACGCCCCGGGGCGGCUGCUGAGGACGCGGCUGAGGACAUGAUUAAGCUGUUUGGGCAACGGAUCUCAAAGACCGGUGCAAAACGCUCCGGCCCGAUCGCCGAGCAGCCUCAGAAAUUAGAUCCAGCCUCCAUCAUUGCUUACUAUAGAGCACGUGGUGAAGAUGUACCUAUUGAUGUCGCGUUUGCUGUAGCUCUAAGGGCAGUAAACGAUGUAGAGAAAAAAACAAAGGAGAAAUUUCCUGAUCUUACACGUCUAGCUUUGACCAGCUACGUGUCCACAUUAGUUUCGAGAUCCAAGUCCCAGGACGAAGCAUUUAAGGUACUCGAGAAAGUGGUCGGGCCCGACGAAGCAAAAAAACUUUUAGCUACCAUUGGUCUGAAACGCCGAGAGCAGGCGACAACAUCGACGGACAAGAGGGCUAAACGGGCAAGAUCGUCAUGA